GCGGACCUGCAGCUGGUGCGGGAGCGGCGGCGCGUGGCCAACGCCAAGGAGCGCGAGCGGAUAAAAAAUCUCAACCGUGGUUUUGCCAAAUUGAAGGCUCUUGUGCCAUUUCUUCCUCAAAGCAGGAAGCCUAGCAAAGUUGAUAUCCUUAAAGGUGCGACUGAAUACAUACAAGUUCUCAAUGAUGUUUUGGAAGGAGCCAAAGACUCGGAGAAACAAGACCCAGAUGAGCAGGACUACAGCAGCAAUACGUCUGAACCACACAUAUCCUUGGCUACGGAGCUAUCGAGAAAGAUGACCCAACAUACCAGCUGUGCUGUCAGCUUGAAGAAUGAAGAGGAAGGGCCCUGGGCAGAUGGCGGCAGUGAUCAGCUGGCAAACACUUGUCACCAGAGCAGGAAGUCUACCACUGGAGUUAUCUCCCCAACCAGGAGCCUGGAUGGCUUCCCAGAAGUAGAACUCUUGAGUCACAGGCUCCCACAAAUAUGAAAAAUGAAAAGGCUCAGG